CACACAAAACUGCGACUCUUCGCCAACCCCCCAACACACACACACACAACGAACGCGCUCCACCUCUGCAUGUACCACCGUAGCCUUUUAAGUGUGCAGUGCUUCAGUAAACCGGGGAAGUUCGAUUGACAAACUCUUUUUUUUUCUUAAGCUGUGGAUUGCAGACGGUUUUUCACUUGGUUUUCCAUCGACGCGACUUAUUUGAACGAGGUCACGCCAUGAUGGCGUGGACUAAACUUUUAGAGCCCGGACCAGCGUUAGUGGUGUGUCUACUCUUUUUGGGAUCCUACACUGCGGAGGCUGCACCACUAGCAGAGACUGAAAAUGAAUACUACCCAGUUACUGACUCAACUGGUUGUUAUUACAAUUUCAACCAUUAUGCGGAAGGUGAUAGAAUCAUAACUGCCGAGCCAUGUUUGAACUGUACUUGCGAAAACCGAAUGCUGAUGUGUUACCUGAAAGUGUGUCCAUUCAUAAAGGCGAUUGGGGCCGAUUGUAAGGUUGAAAAGAAACCUGAUCAAUGCUGUCCGGUCAUUACAUGUCCAGAAGUACCCGUACAAGUGACAACAAAAUCCCCAUCCACCGAAGUUGGACGUUUGAACAAAGCUGGUUGUUUGAUCGACGGACUGUUCUAUAACAACGGCGCCCGAGUUCCAUCAAACCCAUCAAAAGCCUGCGAACUUUGCUAUUGUGUAAGGAACAAGACCGCUUGUGUAAUGCAACAAUGUACUUUGGCUGUUCCGGGAUGUACUCCAAUUUACGUCGACGGCAUUUGCUGUCCUGUGAGCUAUGAUUGUGGUUCAGAUUAUGAUGAACUGGAAGGUCCAACUACACCUUUGUUGAUUACCACAACUACAACGACAACUACAACGCUUGCUCCAACAACUCUCGCUCCAGCAGACUGUGUCUACAACAAUGAACUAUACGCUGAUGGUGCUCUAGUCAAAAAGGAUAUACCAUGUGAGCAGUGCUAUUGUAUGAAAGGUGAUAUAGUUUGUGCGGUACAAGAGUGUGGCCCAACUCCCUUAGAUAAAGUGAAUUGCACCGCUUUACCACCCAAAGAAGGCCAGUGUUGUCCUAAUGCAUACGACUGCGAACACAUUAUCGAUGAAGAACUCACCACAUUAUUCCCUGAAGGUCCGACAACUCCAAUUGCAGCUAUCGAGCAAGAAGUCACCACUUCAGAACCUGGAGUUACACUUGCGGAAAGAGACAAUUUCCCAACUACAGAGCCAGUCAAAUCAGACGAAUCAGAGACAGAAAAACCAAUUGAACCAGUUGUUGCUGAAGAAGAGCCAACCCAAACUGAAGAAUCAAGUCGAACUGAAGAACCAAGCGAAGAAGAUAAAAAGGAAACUGCUCCAGAACAAACAACAGAAGGUGGGGAUUCUGAUCAACCCAAAGAAUCUGAACAACCUGUGCCAACUACUGAGCCAGCUGCUCCUGAACAACCGGCAACCGAACAGCCAACUGUUUCUGAAACGGAAAAAGCACCUACGGAAGAAACUAAUGUGCCUCAGGAGCCAGUCGAAAAAGAAACUGAAACACCAAUUUAUUCUGAUGCAGAAACACCCAGUGUAUCCGAAACUGAACCACCUAUGGUACAUGCAACGGAAUCUCCUGUUGAAAGUGAGCCAGAAAAAACAGAAGAAACACCUGCAGGAGAACCAGUUAACAAAGAAACAGAGGCGCCAACGGAGGUUGAAAAAGAAACUCAAGUUCCUACUGAAGUUGAAAAGGAAACCGAAUCACCUGCACAAGAUAACGAAGAACAACCAGUUGUGUCAGACACAGAGCCAUCUCUAUUGGAGGGAACUGAAGCACCAAUUACUACUGAAUCAGAAAAGCCCGAGUCUGAAAAUGAAAUUCCCAAAGAGGAUACCACGGAACCAGCUGGCACAGAGCAACCUGAAAUACAUGAAGCUAGCACCGCCGCUGAAGAAUCUCCGGAAUCUGAAACUGCGCCAACGGAGAAACCAAUUCAAUCAGAAUCCGUUCCUUCUGAAACUGAACAACCCGUUACAACUGAAGUUCCUUCGGAAACAGAGAAAGCAACAGAACAACCAACUAAAGAAACAGAAGAACCAACUGGAGAAAUCACCGAAAGCUCCUUACCCUCUGAACCCCAAACUCAACAACCUAUCGAGAAAGAACCCGAAGAAGGCAGUUCUCCAGUUACUGAAGAAUCUCAAAAACCAGAAGAACCAACGGAAGAAAUCACAGAAGCCUCCUUACCUACUGAACCCCAAACUGAACAACCUACUGACAAACAACCAGAAGAAAGUGGUGCACCAGUUACUGAAGAAUCUCAGAAAACAGAAGAACCUUCUGCUACAGAACUCCCAGAAUUCCCAACUCAUGCUGAUGGAGGUUUGUCUGAAGAUGAAGUUACAGAACCAACCACUCCAGAAAAACUACCUGAAUCACCAGAACCACAACCAGCCACUGAACAACAACCCGACCAACCUACUACUGAAGCAGCAGUGGCUGAUGAGAAGGAAACAGCAGCUACACCCACCGAACAUAUCCCAGAGGAAGAAACUACUGAACAACCUUCCGAACCUGCUCUUCCAGACGAAGGAACAUCUUCAACUGAAGAGGAUCGACCUGAAACCUCGACUAGGAAAUUGGCACCAAUUGAAGGGGAAUCAACUGAGCUACCACCUACUGAACACACUACUGGCGCUGUUGAUGAUUUAUCUAGCCAACCACAAAUUACUACUGAAGCACCAGAACCUCAUGUAAUGGUAACUGAAACUAAAGAAAGACCGACAAUGGUACCUGAAUCAUCUGUAACUGAAGAAAGGGCGCCAGAAAGUACCGAAGCUCCAGAAAAACCAGCUGAAGAAUCAAGUGAAUCUGAUGUUACUGUCACAGAAGGACCUAAAGAAACUGAAGCACCGGCAGCACCUGUUGAACCUGUUACUGCAGAAGAAGAACCUACUACUGUACCUCCAACAAAAGAACCCUCCGAAGCAGUAUCGACACCAGAAUGUAACACACCUGAAUGUACACAAUUACCAGGCGAACAAGUUCCUGUAGAAGAAGAAGCAAUUACAGAACAGGCCAUUAAAACAGAAUGCACUUCAUCGGAAUGUCAGUUAACACCAGAAACUACUGAAACAUCUAAAGAUAGCAGUGUCCUUGCAGAAGAACAACCAACUCAAGAACCUGGUUCAGAACAACCUGUAACUCAGCAAACCGAAGAACAAACUUCACCUGUAUCCGAAGAACAACCUGUUACUCAACCAGAAAAUGAAGGCCCAACAGUAACGGAAGAAACUCCAGAAAAAUGUACUUCACCAGAAUGUGAACAAUUACCAGGACAAGAUCAAUCAGAAAAUGUACCUUCUGCAACUGAGAGUGAUAUUAAACAUGAAUGCUCCUCACCAGAAUGUACUGAACAAGAACAACCUGUAACUGAACCGGAAGUUCCAGCUUCUGACAAGGUAGAAGAAGAAAAACCAGAAGAAACAACUGAGAGUGACAUUAAACAAGAAUGCUCAACACCAGAAUGUGUAGGACAAGAACAUUCUGUAACUGAACCGGAAGUCCCAGCUUCUGACAAGGAACAAGAAGGAAAACCAGAAGAAGUCACUACUGUUACUGAAAGUUCUUCUCCAGAACAACCCGUAACCACGCCAGAAAGUGAGCAGCAACCUACAGUAGACCAUUCCGCCACCUCACCUACAAGUCAACAAACUGAUGAACAACCUGUGACACCUGGAGAAGAGGCAGUUACUGAAGAGGCAGCUAAACAACCAGCUGAGCCUACAGAAUCUACGGUAGAAUCUGAGACUGAAACACCAGCUGUAUCAGAAGACGAACCUAAAGAGCAAGUCACUGAACAAGCUGAAAGUGAAAGUGCAGUUCCUACAACAGAAAGCGCAGUUAAAGAAGGAUGUGCUACACCAGAAUGUUCCCAAUCUCCUGAAAUACAACCUGCAGAAUGUGAGGAAGGAGGUGAGUGCCAACCAAUUACUCCCGCAGUACCCGAAUCUCCUGAAACUGAGAAACCGCAACAACCCAAGAAAGAAGAAAGUCCCGAAAUUUUACCUACACAGCACCCUGCUGAGAAAGAAUCUGAAACACCAGAAAUUACUACAGAAGCAGAAAAAGAAUCCGAAGUAACAAAGGAACCAGAACUAGAAGUAGUUACUGAAGGUGUCAAAGAAACUAUUAAACCAGAAUCACAAGAUCAUGUUCUAGAGACAGGUGCUCCUACUGAAUUGGAAAAAACAACCCACUCCCAAGAACCAGAAUUGCCAAUCACUGAACCAACAGUACAAGUAACUAAUGCACCUGAAACCUUAACAACAUUACCAUCAGAAAGUACUGAAGGCUCUGGCGAAAUACAACAUGAACCAAGUGAAUUGGAACAUGAAGGAUCAGGUGAAGAAAAACCAGAAGAAGAAAUUUCAACACAAAAAUCGGCUGAAGAAUUAGAAGGUUCCGGAGAAGAUGAGCCUGAACCCACUAAAGAAAGCGAAAUUUCAUCCGAAAAACCAUCUGAAGAAACUUCGCCUGUAACUCAAGGUCCAUUGUUAACAGAAGAAACACCACAAACUGAGCAAUCUACCGAAGGACAAGUUAUUGAGGAAACGGAGAAACCAACACAACCAGAAGAAACAACGGGUUCUGAAAUUGAAGAAUGUAGCACACCAGAAUGUAAACAACCUAGUCAAGGUCCAGUUUCAGAGUUACCAGAACCAAGUCCAACUGAAGGAUCAACUGAAGCCCAAGUUCCGGAAACGGCAGAAUGUGCUACUCCGGAAUGUCAACAAGUUAAUCAGCCUGCCGAAGCUGAACAUCCUGAAGGAUCAACCGAAGCUCAAGUUCCAGAAACGGCAGAAUGCGCUACACCAGAAUGUCAGCAAGUUCCCGAAGAUGAAAAACCAACAGAAGGACCAGUUACUGACAUUCAACAAGUAACCGACGCACCGAGUACCGCUGAAAACGCACCGGUAACUGAUGUAACAAGUGACACUGAAAAGGAAGGACCAUCAGUCAGUCAAGAAACGCCAUCUGAAGAAGAUAAGGCCUCAUCUGUUACAACGGAAACAACCGAAAUAGUCACUCCUGGUUCACAAGAACCAGUUGAAGCUGAAACUAGCAAACCUGAAGUACAUGAAAUGCCUGAAUCUCAAACUGAAGGUUCUAAAACAGAUGAAUCUCUACCAGUUACCACAGAAAGUAUCAAAUCGGAAAUUACCGAAAGUCCCGAACAAGGAAUCACAGAGACUUCUGAGCCAGAACAUGGUAUUCCCGGCGAAGGCAAUUGUUUGGUUGAUGGUCAAACAUACAGAAAUAAUAGUAGUGUACCCCCAAUCAAUGUUUGUCAAACUUCAUGUAAAUGUAUUAGCUCCAUCUUGCAAUGUGACCAUGUCGCUUGUCCACCACCUCCCGCCAACUUACAAAACUGUAUGCCGCUUUAUGCCAGUGCUGACGCUUGUUGUCCUGAAUAUAGUUGCAGUCCUCCAAGUGUUACUACUAUGGAACCAGGCAAUCAAAAUGUGGACAUCACAACAACACCCGAAUCAGAGUCAGCUAGUACUGAAAAAUCUGUCGAACCAAGCACUGAGGCGGUUACCGAUCAACCUACAUCAGAACCAAGCAGUCAAGCACCAAUCUCUGAAACGACAAAGAAAUCAGAGGACGAACAAACUAAACCUAUCGACUCCGAAAACGAAAUCGAAUCUGGAGAACAAACCACUGAAUUUGUACCUGUCAAAGCCGAAGAGCCAAUUACGAGUCAACCAGAAGAACCUGCACUCGAAAUAUCUACAAUCGACUCGAGAUUCCAGGAUAUCGGUUCUCAGACUGAAAUUCCAACAGCAGUUACUGAAGAAUCUGAAGAAGACAAACUUAAGGAUGUUACUAAACCAGUUGAGUCAACCGAAUCUGAUUCUGUUACUAGCGCUCCUACUGAACAUGAAAGCACUUCCGCUGAAACAGUUACUGAAACUAAGCCAGUAGAAUCAGAAAUAACUACAGAAAAGAAACCUGAGACACCUGAACUAUUUGAGGCUGAAAUUCCAACAAUCACCGAAAGCAAACCGCAAGUCGAAGAAACUACCAAACUACCUGAAACAACUGAAGGAAUUACUGAAACACCAAAAGAAAAACAAACCGAAAAACCAGAAAUAACGAACGAAAUUCCAAUUUCAUCAGAUGAAACAACUUCAGAGGAACCUUCGGUUACUGAUAGAGUAGAAAUUGCACAAACCACUGAAGCCUCCAAAGAAGAAACACCAGAAAUAAUUACAGAAGUACCACAGGUUACAUCGAAACCAAUUGAAUCUGCCGAUCACAUUGCGGAAACUGAGAAACCAGAGGAUGUAGAAAAAGAACAAGGUCCAGUAACAGAACCACAUCCAAGUGACAAUGAAAUUUCAUCUGAAUCUGAAACAACCGGACCCGAAGUAACUGCAACUGAAGAACCAAUUGUAACUGAAUCUAAACCAGAAGAACAUAAGGAAGAGGAACCAACGGUAACAGAAGCUUCGCCAGAAGAACCGGAAGCUCAAACGGAAAAGGUUAUUCCGGAAGAAGCUAAGCCAGUUGAGGAACCAACUAAACCUUUCGAAGAAGAAACAACAACUACGCCUGUAAAAGAAAGUUCAACAGAAUCUUCAGUCGAAUUGAAACCUGAAGAAGAAAUCAAAAAACCGGAAGAAGUAGCAACAACUCAUUUACCAGAAGCUGCAUCCAGGCCAGAACAAUCAGUAACAGAACAAGAGAUCAGUCAACCAGUUGAUGUCACUACACCUGUUCCUGAAUCUGAUAAACCUGAAGUUACCGAGGGAAUGCCUGAAGAACCUGAAAAAGAAUCGGAAACUGUAAAUACUGUUGCACCUGGAGAAAAAUCCGAAACAGAAGUUACAACUGGUAAACCUGUAGAAGGAGAGCAAACAACUGUUCAACCAGAAGAAGCCAGUCCAACUGUUGGAGCAGCGGAACCAGUUGAAGCUGAGACAGAGAGUACUAAGGUGGAAGAUGGUACACCUGCACCGUCAUCAACAGAGACAACUAAAGAAGAAGAACCUAUUGACCAGACAGAAAAGCCCGAAGUAUUGGAAACAGAAAAACCAACUGGUCAGCCAGAGGCAGAAUCACAGACAGAAACAAGCGUUACGGCCGAAGAGCCCAAAGAACCAGUUAGCGAAACUGAAAAACCAACUGCUGAAACCGAAAGUCCCGUUGAGUCUGAAAAACCGACCCAGGAAACUGAGACUCCUGUUACUGAAACGGAAAAACCAAUAAGUCAACCAGAAGAAUCUGAAACCACAGAAAUACCGGUUAGCGAAACUGAAAAACCAAUACCAGAAGUCACGCAACCAGAAGUUAUUGAAACUGAAAAAACAACAGAAGCACCUUCAACUGAAGCUCCAGUCAGCGAAACAGACAAACCAGUUGAAUCCGAAACGCCGGAACAAGUAACUGAAGCAUCUGUCACUGAAACAGAUAAAACAAGUCAACCAGAAGCAGGAUCAGAAGCAUCAACUAGUCCGGUGACUGAGAAGUCCGAAGGUCCAGUUAGCGAAACCGAAACACCAAUUAGUGAAACAGAAAAACCAGUAGACGAAUUGGAAAAGACGACUGAAAAACUUGCUGAGGAAUCUGAGAAAUCAACUGAGAAACCUACAGAAGAGUCUGAGAAGCCAACUGAAAAUCCUGUAGAGGAAUCAGAGAAACCAACUGCCACUGAAAGUUCUAGUGAGCCACAGGAACCAACUGUCACUGAGAUUUCUGAAACUGAAACUGAGAAACCAAUUGCUACUGAAGUUCCAUCAAGUGAAUCGGAGCAACCAAUAGCUACUGAAAGUUCAAUUAGUGAAUCUGAGAAACCUUCUGCUACAGAGGAGGCUCCUGUGAGUGAAACCGAAAAACCAGAGGUUGAAUCGGAAAAACCAACCAGCGAAGCAGAAAAGCCAACUGUAGAAACAGAAGCUCCUAUUACUGAACCAGAACACCCGAUUAGUCAAACUGAAAAAACAAUAAGCGAUACUGAAAUUCCUGCUGGAGAAGCUGAAAAAUCGACUGAGAGACCAGAAGUUGAACCAGAAAUUUCUACUGAAUCCAAAGUAACUCUACCAACGUUAGGUGAGGAAGAAGAUAUAAUAACUUCGCAACUGACAACUGUGAUGCCUGGAGAGAAAUACAAUGCCACCAGGCCAGAUAAGGACGAAGGCGUCUUUACAUCAGGACCAGAAAUUGAGACGUCUACAACAAGACACGUGCCUGGAGAUUUAUCUACUUCAGCUACCAGCGCUGAACCUUUCAUGCCUACCACAAUGGCCACCGAAACACCAUUACCAGAGAAACAACCUGAACUGCCAGACUACCACAACCCAGACUACGACGAAGAAGAACAAGAAUCUUUCGGACCUGGCACUUGCAGAUACGGCGGCAAAGUUUAUGUUUCAGCCCAACAAAUUCCAAGGGAAGACCCAUGCGACUUCUGCUUCUGCUUCCGCAGCGACAUCAUAUGCUUGCAACAAAGCUGUCCGCCACCAAUUCCAAAAUGUCACGAGGAACCUAUCAGAGGGUUCUGCUGCCCGAGGUACGAAUGUCGUGUGGCCAGGUCGACGUUCGUCAAUGUGACGACGUCAACCACUACGACAACCACAACCUUACCGCCGCAUUUCUUGUCACACGCUUACGCUGGCAAAGCCACCAAGACUGGUUGUCAAGUCAACGGCAGAUCUUACGCCGUAGGUGAGACGAUAAGGCAGUCGUCGGGACCAUGUCUACACUGCACAUGUGGUGGAGAUGGUCAAAUGAAAUGCGAUCCAAAAGCCUGUAGUCCAGAACCGAUGCUUAGACAGAUGAUGGCGGUGGCAGCUUCACGAAGACGGAGAUGAACGUUCUAAGUGAAAAAAAUGUGUGUGCGCACAAGUCAGGCAUUGAGUGCAUAGUGAUAAAGACAAUUAUAUUAUAAUUGAAAAAAAUAGUCUCGAACUUUUUAAAUGCGUUCUCGGGUGCCAAAAUAUGAACAUUAACAGGUAUUGUGCCUUUUUGAAUGGAGGGGACAUGCCGCCCCCGGGGAUCACGCCGAUCCCAAAACAGUUGAAGCACGCGUAUAUUUAACUAGAUAGAACUUUAUAUUGAACAUGACUGAAUUGAAAUUUUUACACUUUUGUAAUUUACAAGAACGAAUAUUUAAAGUCUCAAUUUUUUCGAUAAGCCAUUAACUGUAUUCGCGGGCUCUUUCUUAGUGUUAUUGUGUUGUGUAUCCCGAUUCAAGUCUGAGUUGUUUGACUGACAGAAAUCGAUUUUAGUAUUUUAUAUAGCUUCAGUGUUCCGAAUUCUAUUUUUUUUUAUUUUGUAAAUUUGAUAUUUCUGCUACUUGAACGCUUAGACUUACCUCUUGUAUAUUAAAGGAUGCUCAAUAUUAUAUAAUUAAGUAGAUUAUGUAGUAUUUAUCAAUAAAUAUAAUAAAUAAAUUAUGUAAAUGAUAUUA